AUGAUCCUCUCCGCCCUGUUUACCGCGGUCGGCAUCAACCUCGGCCUGUGCAUCUUGUUCCUUGUGCUGUACUCGAUACUGAGGAAUCUGCCAGGGAAUGCGAGGGUCUAUGCACCCCGGCUGGUGGCGGAAGGGGAGGCUCAGCAGAGAGCCAGCUUUGACAUCGAGAGGCUCGUGCCGUCGGCUGGUUGGGUGAGAAGAGCAUGGAAGCUCUCCGAAGACGAGCUUCUGUCGGUAUCGGGGCUCGACGCCGUGAUCUUCAUGCGAAUCUUCGUGUUCAAGUAUCUUACCGUCCUUUUCCCCUGGUGUCUCGAUUCUAAUCCAUCAUGCGCUUAUCUCCAUCUCUGUUUCUUCAAACUAUUCGCUUCCUUAUCUAUUUUGAGCCAUCUCAAGGAUCGAGAAGUUGGUUCCAAUGCUCAGAAACUAGCGAAUCUAGAUUAUUUUGCUAUGAAGGAAUUAGUCGAAUGAGAUACUGACCAGCUGGUUCGGCUGGAUGGGUAGAUUGAUGACAAAACAGGACGGGGAAAUCGAAUGCUUGCUGUAAUAGUUGCUGAAUGAUUGGGUUUCUUUCUUGCCUCGUUCGUGUUGCGAAAGGCAGCAGCGGCGGCACCUAGCCCAGCGUUUGUGAGAUGAAAGUUUCAGGGCUACAGCUUUGAUAUAUACUACUUUUUCAAGAAAUCAAAUACGAUGUUCUUAUCAAAACAAAGAGACACGGGAUUGAAAUAGUUUCUGGGUUCAUCUACUACUUAUUCUGUGGGAACCCAAGAAAUCUGAAUCCCGUCUACUUAUGGAUGGUGAAGGGUCUGUUCAGUAUCCGAAGGCAAAGCAUUUUUAUUUUCUGCUUUCUGGGUAGUGGUUAUUUUCAGUCUGUGUCAUUUUUUUUGUUUUAUCUUGAUGCUUGCGCUAAUUGUAAAACGCCGUAUUUAAACUGUGAUCGUUGCACUCGGUGGACAGUUCAUUUUUGCAACUCUUUUUACUGGGGAAAUGUCGACAAUCCUUGUUGCGUCUCUUAUUCUUUUCUAUUUCUAUCUCUUAUCCUGAUUCGCACGAUAUUACCCUCUUAUGAUUUCAUGAUUGUUCACCUUAGUCGUUCUCUUUGCAGUUUGAAGGUAUUCUCAAUUGCUGGUGCGAUUGGUAUCUUUAUACUUCUUCCAAUAAAUUAUGAAGGGGACCAACUGCAUUCUAUUGACUUUGGCAAUCUUCCAAAUGAAUCGUUGGACAAGUUUACCAUUUCAAAUGUGAAGAAUGGUUCGAAUUGGUAUUUUCUUUGUUUCUUCUGACUUUCAAUGUCAUUUAAUAGUUACUUUUGAGUUACUUUUGAUAGUCAUUACGACGGAGUUUAUCUACAUGGUUCUUCUAUCAUGCUUAUUGUCUUCCUGGUUUCUCCGUUUAAAUAUACUUAUUGCUAAAAUUUUAAGAUUCAUCAUUUCUUGCGGAAACGAACAUGCCACCGCUGUAUAGAUCUCAAUGAAAAAAUAGAUAAUUCCAACCUUCUUUUGUCAGUUGAUUCAUGAACAACUAGGAUUAAAUUUUACUGAUACAGAAAAUUAAGUUUUGCCUACAAGUCAACAAUGUUCAUGCUUUUUCUGAAAUUUAAGCUUUUUUUGACAGGCUAUGGGCUCAUUUUUCCGCUGCAUAUGUCAUGACUGCUGUUGUUUGUUAUCUUCUUUAUUCGGUAAGUUCACAUCAUGCUACGAUUAUGUGUAUAUUUUUCUUGGUUUUAGGCCAGCGUUGCUUUUUUAUGGCCUUAUGCGUUAUUUUAGAGCACUAUAACCUUCCUUUCAGUAUUCUGUUCUCCUGCUGUAGCCAUCCACAAUUAUUCUGCACUUUUUUUACGACACAUGUUUUAGGUGGUUCAUGCCCUUAAGGAAGCGGUAUGGUGGUGAUUGGUUAAUGCGGUAGUGUAGGCGGUUUAUAAUAUUUAUUUCCACGUUCCUUAGUGUUUAACAAAUGGAAAUUUCAGUGUGAUUAUGACUAACACAGUUCUAUUCCAGGAAUACGAAUAUGUUUCCUCUAAGAGGCUUGCCUAUUUCGAUGCAUCCAAACCACAGCCACAUCAUUUCACCGUCCUUGUUCGUGGUAUUCCUAGAUGCACAGCAGGCAACUUCAGUGGGAGUGUUGAGAGCUUCUUCUCAGAAAUCCAUUCGUCGACGUACCUGACACACAUAAUGGUUCGUCAGACAAGCAAACUUCGACGCCUCGUUGUAAGAUAUUUCUUCCGUUUAAUGUUUUCUUGAAAUAUGUUUAUAUUUUUCUUGAUCCUUGUGUUCACUCUUAUUUUAUAUACUGUACGCUAGAAUAGCCUCAUAAUCAAUAAAAUAUGGGUUUUCUACACUCAUUACUGAUUGGCGUCGAGUUGGAUAACUCAAAACCUGGUAUUUGAGGCAAUGAUCACUCGUAUAUGUUGUGCAACUUUUUUCGUUAUCUACGUGAUGAAACCCAAAAGUUAGCUGGCACAUGAUAGGGCGAGUUGGAUCUGUAAUAUAUUAAAUAAUUAUAUAUAUAAUUAUAAAAGUGAUCAUAAUUUGGUAAUUUCCAAUUAAUUUGUAGAUAGCCUAGUACGUUAAAACCAUACGAUGUUGAGCAUCAAUCUUUUUACUUGUUUGCUUGUAGCAAAAGAAAAAUCACUUUCUCAUGAAUGACGGUCUUUUCCUCCCCUGCUUGUCGAGGCCUGACAUUCCAGUUUUGAACUUUCAUUUUGACUCCAUUUAGUCUCCAAAUUUCUCACAUCUAACUAGGUCUGACAACCUGUUUGCUAUUCUAAAUAACCACAUUUCUUUCUUCAGUUCUUUAAAGCAUCUGCCAUUCCCUCUUCCCUUAUUGACGAGUUGCUGAUUCCAGCCCUUCUUGUGAAUCUUCAGAAACUCUUUUGUUGUCUUUUUCUGCACUAGGAUCAUGGAUUCCAGCCAGUAUCCAUCUUUCCAUGGCCAGAAUUGUACAAGAGGCAUCACCACACUCUUCUAUUGAAUAUUUUAGCUAUUUUGAAUGUACAAAAUUGUUAAACAAAAAAGAGUAAACUCGAAAUCUUAUCUAGUAAAAUACCUGCCAAUGAGGAGAAACUGAACGAUAGGAAGGUAAAGCCCUUUCAUCUUAUCUGAUGCUAGUAUUGUGGAACUAUCGAAGAUUUAGAACUGAUGAACUGUAGGACCAUCAGCAUCCUAUGUCUUAGUCGUAGCAUAUGCUGUUAUGAUGGAGUCCUAAACAUUGCAAAAAAUAUGCAUAGAGUUUGGCCGUACUGUGGUUAGAAGUUUUUUUCCUUCAACGCUUUUGAAUUGAUAUUUUGGUUCUUGUUAUCUUUACUCUUUGCGGAACACAUUCUCGUGUGAAGGAUGAGACAAUUGAUUGACUGGCUGUUCGCAUUCUAUAAUCAAAUUUUCAAUAAUAAUGUUUUUCCUUACCUUUAGCUUCAUAUGGUGUGUCUUCCAGGUUGAUGCUGAGAAUAUGUAUAGGAGAUUGACACGCUUGAAGUCGCAACAGGAUGCACAACAACGGAAUAUGUGUCUUCCAGGCUUCCUUGGGCUAUUUAGACAAGAUGUGAAUUCUGUUGACAAAUAUGAAAAAAAGUUAGAGGAUUUGGAAGAAAAUUUGAGAAUCGAACAGUCAGAUGUUUCAUUAAUUGGCCAGGUGUUCACUACUAUAGUUUCAAUAAAUGUAGUUUUCAUAUCAAGUUUCUAUAUGAUGAUAUCUAUAAUGUCAAGGAAGUUUUUAAUUUUUGAUCUUUUUUCAGCAGUCCAUUAAAGGGCCUAAGUUUGAAUCGAUACUUUUGAAAUGUUUGAGGUCUAUGAAAAUUGGAUUUUUUAUUUUUUUUACGUCAAGGUACAGGUUCUUCCAUGUUUUUCUUCGAUCUAUUGUUUUCCCCCUUUCACUUGACUAGCCGACUGGCUUAUCUCAUCAUUAGCUUCCAAGAUUUUAUUGCUGCAUUUUAGUUAUUUUUUCUUCUAUUCUGCUGCCUUUAUAUUUGAUGGUGUAAAAAUUAAUCUAUUAACUAGAACAUUGCGUCCAUCACACUAAGGCUUCAGUUUGUUUAUUUAUGUUAAUUCUGUUUUUAUGUUUUGUAUUCAAGUUGUUUAUUUGGAGUGAUCAUUAUGGCUUAGAUUUGUGCGAUUACAUUUUUUUCUUUUCUAUGAUAGGAAGUGCCUGCUGCCUUUGUUUGCUUCAGAUCUCGUUAUAGUGCUGCAAUGGCUAUUCAUAUCCAACAAUCAGUAAACCCAAUACAAUGGGUCACGGAGCAGGCACCUGAGCCACGCGAUGUAUACUGGCCUUUCUUUUCUACAUCAUUUUUGAGAAGAUGGAUUUCCAAGUUGGUGGUCUUCAUAGCAUCAGUUGUCCUCACCAUUAUCUUCCUCAUUCCAGUGGCCUUUGUUCAGGGACUAGCCAAUCUGGAUAAGUUAGAGAUAUUGUUUCCUUUCUUGACAUCAAUCCUUACUAUGUAUGUAAUCACUGCUUCUUCUUACCAUGUAUUUAAUUUCUCUUUCUUUUUCCGAAAUUGGCAUUUUAAUUGAAUGAUUAAGACCUUUGAUUGAAAAAAAAUUUAAGGUUGUUCGGAUUUUCUUCCUUAAAAAGUUCCCAUCUGUUCUUAUUCACUCCUUCCCUGUCCAUGCGAUAUAUAAUUAGAAUGUGCAAUUUAGAUUCAAUUCAAAUCUUGCAUGAAUAUACCAGAGGAGAAGAAAUCGGAAAUCAACCUGAAGUCAGUUGACUAUCAAAGAAAGUUGGGUGUUCUCAGAGAAUUUCAACCUGAUCGAAACCAGUAUAGGAGAAGACUAGAAAGGAAGGGAAAGGAAGAGGAAGGAAUAUAAUGAAAAUUAAAAAAUAAUGAAAACCUUUUUUCUUAUCCCAAUAUGUAGAUCUACUCCUCAACUCGAUAGAGAGUCUGAGUUAAAUUAUCCUUAAUUGAGUCAAGAGUCCUAUUUUUGUCCCUAAGUAGGCUUCAUGUUUGAGACCUUCAUGCAAUCAAAUAUACUAGAGUCCAAGUGAGAGAUACAUCUUACAUCGUUGUAGUUAAAUUGAGAAACUGUCAGGUUUAGGCCUUUCUACAUCGCUCUUGUUGUUAAUAAAACUUUUUAGUUUAUGCUUCUAACAUGUGAUUUUAAUUGCAGUUCAACGUUUAGGGUUUUUGUCAUGAUCAAUUUCAGAGAUAUAAUAUAUUGUCUGAUACUUAAAUCUUUUUAAUAAUGCUUAGUAGUAAAGACGAAGUAGGGUGAAAUUCAUUAUCAUAGAGAGAAAUAGAUGGUGCCACUCUGUGAGUGACCUGGGAAGAAAGAAGCACAUCCAACUCUAAGAGAUCUGUAUGCUCGGUUAAAUUUGUGGCUCAGAGUGCAGAUGGCCCAGGGGCAGAUUAUCAACAUAGUGAAUCACAUCACGUUUAGGUUUGGGGAUCAUGAAUCUAGUAGUUUCACGUGCUGCCGUACCAGCACUGAGUCAGCACGUAGCAUGUAUAUUGUUGAAAUAGACAUUAUUUCUUUUUGGUUACAUGUUAUCUGUUGUACUUAUAUGGCCAUUCAAUUCAAAAUUAAUUCCCAAUCAAUACGGUGGGCCUAUCUUUAUAGCGUGCCAUCUCAUGUGUAUGUGGGGGGUCCAUUAUAUCUUCAAAAGUAACCAUUGGCUCUGAUACCGUGCUAAAACUAUUGAGACAUUCGACUGAAAAGCAAAUGUUCAUGAGUGGAGUAAACCUAUCUUCAUGAUUUUAACACACUCUUUUAAAAUAUUUGUAGUUUUUCUACUUUAAAAGUACUUUCAUUUUCAUUUUAUGCAAAAUAAUGGGAUGUGGUACAUUGAUCUUUAUUCGUUUAUUUACAACGCCUUCUUGGACUGAUAUUUGGUCAAGCAUCAGUCUUUCCCGUUUUGGCGCACUUUGCAUGUUUGCAUGUGUUUCAUAUCAUUUGGAGCAUUUGGACAUUUUUGUCAUUUGAAUGAAUCUCCGAUAAUUUAAAAUCUUGUGUGUUCUUAAAUUUUUUUUUCCGAUUUUAGUAUGUUCUUCCGGAGGCAUAAUUAAGUGUUUCAAUUUAAACUCAUCCUGUUUACUCAUCUGUCUGCAGAACAUUCGUUAGCCAAGUAAUUACAGGGUAUCUUCCGAGUCUCAUUCUUCACUUGUUCUUGACACUCGUUCCUCCUGUCAUGAAGGUGUUUUCAACCAUGCAAGGAUAUAUUUCGCAUAGUGAGAUAGAGAAAAGUGCUUGCAGUAAAAUGAUUUUGUUUACCAUAUGGAAUGCCUUUUUUGCAAUUGUGCUAAGUGGUUCAGUUGCUAGCCAAGCAGAAAUAUUCCUUGAUCCUAAGCAUAUACCAGAGAGGCUGGCAGUUGCAGUUCCUGCUCAGGUGAGAGUACAUUCUUGUCAGAUAGAGUGUUAUCUAUGCUUUCUGAAUCUUUAUACUGACACCUUGAUACCAGGGAGAAGAUCCUGACAUUCAUUUCUUUUAUUUUGCUUUUCAGUGAUUUUUGGACAAGUUGAUAGCGUAAUGAUAGACCUUUUUUUCAUAUUUCGUUUAUUUGGGUUUCAACCCUUUAUUUUUUUGCUGUCAGAAGACAUAUUUGCUUACUCUGGACGGUUAAAAUCUUAGCUGUUUCUUUUAAGCUGAAGAUGAAACAUGUAGUCUAUGACUUUUCCGGUAGCUGUAAGUGAGGUUAGUAAACAGGUAGUAUCCUUUCAGUGUUCUUACGAAGCAUUUGAAGAAGACAAAAAAAUGACCACUAAUGAAUCAAAUGACUGGUGUAAAUAAAGACAUUAGGCAGGGUAAUUAUGAAUGGAUGAGAACAUACCUUUUUGGUCUUGUGGAUAAUCCUUUUGGUCAAAAGACAUCAAUUAUAAAGUUGUGUAGCCUCACGAGAACUUGAGGAUUAAGAAGUGACUUUUUGCUGGACCACCCUUGUUUUAUAGAUCUUAUGCUUUUCUGAAAUCAAUUAUUCGCAAGUCACCAUACAUAGUUCAUUUACAAAUGUUUUUUAUAAAAACAAUAUUUUGGAUGCCUAGGGUUCAUGUUGAGACUUCUCAACCAGGGUAUAUGGAUUUUAUUCUGGAGCAGAAAUGUUAAAAUUGUCUAUGAAAGUUUGUGAAAUUGGUUCUACUCUGCUCUACGCAUUUAAAUCACAGGGUUUUUCCCCCUUAGAGUUGGAUUCUUCAACAUGUUUGAGCUUGUCAUGGAUGACUAUUAAUUAUUUGUCAACUGCGGAAUUUUAGUUAAUGAUAGGUCUGUAUGCGCUGUUUUAUAACUCUUACGGUAAGUAAAUGUUUGUAUUUCAUUUCAUUGCAAGUUGACCUUCUCCAGUUAAGCAGAAAGUAUAUAUUUUAUAAUCGAGAGAAUAACCUCUUUUAUUUUCUUUUUAGGCCACAUUUUUCAUAACCUAUGUUAUGACAUCUGGGUGGACAAAUCUAUCGUCAGAAGUUACUAGGAUGAAACCUCUUGUUGGCGAUUUCAUAGAACGGCAUUUCUCCAAAUGUUGUGGAGGAGAGUUUACCGUGCCAUCACUUCCUUAUCACCGUCAAAUUCCAGCUAUUCUCUUCUUUGGACUCCUUGGUAUCGCCUACUUUUUAUUGGCACCUCUGAUUCUGCCAUUCUUAAUGGUUUAUUUCUUUCUUGGAUUCAUUGUUUAUCGUAAUCAGGUGAGUUUCCCUUUUUUAGUAGGGACUGUAUAUUUACCCUCACAUUGCCUUCUCUGCGCCAGUUUUAUUUACUUCUUAUUGAACUGAACCCGUUGCUCAUUCUGUGUUCAGUUUUCCUAAAAAUGAACGUUUUACGUGAUUUAAAACUUCUACCAGCAGAAUAUCUACAGAAAGAUGCGAAAACACAUAUAGGAGAAUGUUUGUAUCUCCCAAUUCAAUAUUUCCAUACGUUCCAGUACUUUACUUUCAUUGAAUCUUCGAAGGAAUCCUCGGGCAUGUGUUGGCUGAUUGUUGUAAUUAUGCGAUUUAAACCUUGUAAAAUUUUAAACUUGCAGUCAUACCCCAUAAUUUUCUUAGAUUUAAUUCCUUCUUGGUUACUAUUUAUUUUCUUUGAUUACAUAUUUUGAGAGAGAAACAUUGUAAAGGAAGUUGCAGAAAUUUUGCUAUAUAUAUUUGGUUGCUCUAUACAUCAGAGGAAAACAAUAAAAACAUGGAAAAAUAUAAGUUGAAUUCCAGCUCCAAAGCAGUGUUACGGUGUAGUCUAAAUCGUUAUGACAUUGUGCUUUAUUUCACAGAUGCAUUCUAACUUGUGGCAGUAUUUUAAUAGAUACUCAAUGUGUAUGUGCCAAAAUAUGAAACCGCUGGAAAAUUCUGGCCGAUGGUGCAUAAUUCAUCAAUAUUUGCCUUAGUAUUGAUGCAAUUGAUUGCAAUUGGCAUAUUUGGGCUGAAGAAGCUUCCUACCGCUUCAACCUUGACUGUGCCUCUUCCUGUUCUCACGCUUCUGUUCAAUGAGUAUUGCAGAAAACGCUUCCUGCCCAAUUUCUAUGUAUACUCAGCCGAGGUGUGUUAAAUUAUAUUCCAUUAAAUCCUCUAUUUCAUUUUCUCAUUUUUAUAUUGUGUACUGCGUAUGGCUUUUUCUUUCAAAAACUCCUUUCUUUUGGUGUAUUCUUUAGCUGAUGGAAAACAUUUUAUGAUCGUUGAUUUGAUUGGUUCUUCCUUCAGAUUUUAUCUUCUGUGGACUUUGGAUUCGACAUGCAUACACACAUGCACACAUACAUACAUACAUACAUACAUACAUACAUACAUACAUAUAUAUACACAGAGAGAGAGUGGUAUGCAUAAACAUGUUUACCCAAGUUCCAUUUCCCAUGAAAGAUGCUGUUAUAUGCAUGCUGUUGCUGAAUAGCAUCUGCCAAAUCUCUCUUGCGACAAAUGCUCUAUGAACUGGUGAUUCAAGUCAUUCACAUCGGGUGAUGUGUUGAUACCGUAUGUAUGAGGAGAUAGCUGUUCACUUGUAGAACCCAUCCGUGCCAAAUUCAUUGCAAUAAUAUUCCCUGCCAUUAAGUGAUAUGUUUGUGAGAAGGCCAAGUAGGCCUUCUACAUGUCGAGCCUCUUUCUUCCGAAUGUUUCUUUUGACGAACCCACCCUUUACUCUGCUCCUUGCUGCUAUCUAAUGGCGUUCCUUCCUAUCCUUGCUAGGUCAUCUUGUGGAAGUGAGUUGUAUAUUAUCCCGUUCAUUUAUCCAUUAAUAAUUUCAUUCUUGUUUCAAGCACAUUUUAUCUAUUAUCUAAAGCAUGGCAUGUUUCAAUCAUUCUACAAUGCAAAGCACUGUUUGUUUCUAUGGACAAUAUGCGCUGUGAAUCAUCUAUUUUCCUCUCUCUCUCUCUCUCUCUCUCUCUCUCUCUCUCUCUCUCUCUCUCUCUCUCUCUCUCUCUCUCUCUCUACCAUGUUGAUUAGGUUUAUUGUUCUUGCCUGUUUCAGAGUUUGAUAAAGAAAGAUAGAGAGGAACAGAAUGACCCAGCAAUGCCCGGUUUCCUAAGUAAUCUUGCAAGUGCAUACCGCGACCCUGCAAUGGAGCCAGUCCGGCGCACAGAGGAAGCUGAACAAGGGCUUUCUACCCCGUUUCUCUCUUCAGGAGGUGCUUGA